AUGGAUCGGUCCGAGGCGACGCAAAGAUCUAAAGAGGACAAGCCGUCUAAGAUCGACGAAGCUGACUCCGCAGAAGCACCAGUCUACUAUCACGAGAGUGGAGAUUUGUUUGCCGAAGACAUCGAGCAACACCUGGCGGUGUUACCAGAGAUGUCCACUGCUACGGAAGAAGUGACAAUUAACGACAUUCAGAUCGGCGAUCCGGACGUUCCUCUCACCGCAGAUCAACAAAGACUCAGAUCGCUGAUUUGGAGGAGCCGUCACCUUCUUAUGGGGAAGGGCAAUGCUCUACCACCAGCGGCACGAUGGACGAUUUGUGAUAUCGAUGUCGGUGGAGCCGCACCAAUUGCGCAAAGAGUCCGUCCGGUCGCACCCAAAUAUCGGGAGAAGCUGUCAGAUCUCAUCAAAGGACUGUUGGCAGACAAGAUCGUUCAGCCAUCCACGUCAACUUGGGCGUCUCCGAUAGUGGUGAUCAUCAAGAAGAACGGAGUGGAUAUUCGCCUUUGCAUUGAUUAUCGAAGAGUGAACCAGCUGACGCGACUGAUGGUUUAUCCCAUGCCGUUGAUCAGCGAUCUGCUGGAAGAUCUGGAUAAAGCUCGUAUGGUGAUCGCGAUCACCAAGUAUUUCGACUGGCCACUGGACCAACUCGAUGUGGUGACAGCCUUUCUCUACGGGUGA